ACUUAAAGUUUACUGACCCGGCAUACAUAUGUAAACAUAUACUUUGACGCAAUACCAUCCAUAUAAAAGGACAACAACUCGACAAAUAUUUUCAAACAAAGUUUACGCUGACGAACGUGCUCGUCGAGAAGCCUGCUGUGUAAACUAUCUAGAAAAUAAAACAUCUGUUACUACCAUGAAGCUGGCAAUUUUGACGGGAAUCAUCCUUCUCGCUAUCUCCCCGUCACGUGGUCAAGACGGUCGUCGACCUGUGUAUGUCAAAGGAUCAAAUUCGAAACCAUUCCAGCAAGGACGGGCAGAUCCCAUACAACAAGGAAUAUUUGGACAUAAAGCACAACCUGUACAACCGGCCAUUCCGAUGCCAUACGGAAUAUUUGGACAUCAGGCUUCCCCAGUACAACCAGCCGUCCCCCAUUCGGCUGGAAUAUUUGGACAUCAGCCUUAUCUAGUACAACCUGCCGUUCCCAGUGCCCAAAUGGUGAUGAAUCCCGAUAUUUAUGUAAACGCAGGACCAAAUUGUUUUUGGAUGCCGUGCACCAGGUCCAACGGGCGUGGUUCAAGGUGCAGAGGAGGCUACUCUGAACUUCUUCAGGCCACCUGCGGCGGGAACCAAAACGUGUGGAAGAAAUUGUGUUGUAAAUGAAAAUUAGUAAAUGACUAAAGUGUGAGAGGUCAGAUAUAAUAUUAAUAAUUGAUUUAUUGCAUCAUAGCCAAUGGCCUUUACACAUCAUGUAUGUAUGGCUACAUACCAUUGAUAAUUGUAAAAUUGUAAAAAUAAAUAAAAUUAUUUAUUGGUCACAGCAUAAAUCAAAAUAUUUGACGACUUCAUUCCAAAAAAUAAAUAACUUAUUUAGUAUUUUAUCACUAUUUAGAUGAGAUUAAAAUUAAGAAUUAGUGCAUAAAUUAAAGAUUGUCGUUCAUAUUUUAAAGAAGUACAUGUAAUUUAACCGCGGUAGGUUGUUCAACAGGGGGAAGAAAAACUGUUUUAAGGAUCAUAAAUAAAUAAAAAAAAUGACAAA